GGCGGGGCUGGUUCAGGCUUUACCGGCAGCCAUAAUUAAUGUUACUAGUUGCACCUGUGCUUCUUUGCUGCGCCUCAAAAUGUCUGCUGCGACAAAGAUGUGUAGAAAAGUCAUAGGUUUCUUUAUCAUGAUGAGAGGGAACAAAGUAACGUUUAUUUGUCGUCAGUUGCUUAGCAACAGUGUUGUAAUUAAUUGAAUCGCGUUAAUGAGGAACAGUUUCUUCUCACGUUAGAAACACGGAUGAGUUUGCUCCUCUCUCCGGCCUCUCAGUGUUAACUCUGCUCCUUCAGCUCUGCCGCUAACGGUUGUUUUAAACGGUUGAAACCCACCGAGCUGCGGUAAAACCGGCGUUACGACUUGAAGUUUUAAAGCUAAGUCCAAGUAAGAAAGCUAACACCUCGGUGAGCUUCAGUUCUACAACACUCAGGAUCUCCAUGAAGCGACGCACCGGGUGAUUAUACUUUCUUGGGGAUUUUGCUCUUUGGACACCGGGACAUCAUGUGGACACCGACAGAGGACGAGAAAAUAGGAGUGGUAAUCUGCAGCUUCCGGGGCUCAGUGACUCAGGGUUUGGCCCUGGAGGUGGGAGAGACGGUUCAGAUUCUGGAGAAAUGUGAAGGAUGGUACAGAGGAUUUUCAACGAGGAAGCCAAAUGUCAAGGGAGUUUUCCCAGCCAACUACAUUCACUUGAAGAAAGCCAUCGUCACCAACCGAGGGCCACAUGAGACUGUGGUGCCUCUCGAAGACCCCAUUGUCACUGAGGUGACAUCAACACUGCAGGAAUGGGCCUUACUGUGGAAGCAGCUCUAUGUGAAACACAAGGUGGAUCUGUUCUACAAGGUUCGCCACGUGAUGAUGGAGCUGAUCGACCUGAGGAGGCAGCUCCUGUCUGGUCACCUGACGCAGGACCAGAGCCGAGACGUCAAAAGACACAUCACCGUCAGACUGGACUGGGGCAACGAACACCUGGGUCUGGACUUGGUGCCAAGGAAAGAGUUUGAGAUGGUGGAUGAGGAGCAGAUAAGCGUCUCCGAUCUCUAUAAAAUGCAUCUCUCCAGCAGACACAGUGUGCAGCAGAGCACCACACAGGGUGACAGUUCGCGGCAGCGACAUGGGGAGCCGUGUAGAGUUCCAGUACCACACCACCUACUGGUCAACCUGAAGAGCUUCACCUACAACAGCAUAGGAGAGGACACAGACAUAUUCUUCUCUCUGUACGACCUGAGAGAGGGAAAGACUAUCAGUGAGAAGUUCAUGGUGAGACUGAACAAAAACGGAGGGCCGAGGAAUCCAGAGAAGGUGGACAGGCUGUGUGCACUCUUCACGGAUCUGAGCAACAAAGACAUGAAGAGAGAUCUCUAUAUUGUUUCACAAGUCAUCAGAACAGGCCGUAUGCUGUUGAAUGACAGUAAGAAGGGCCCUCCACAUGUUCAGUAUCGCCGGCCGUACGGCUGCGCCGUCCUGGCCAUGAGCGACGUGCUGCAGACCAUCUCUGAGCUCAAAGAGGAGAAAGACUUUGUCCUUAAAGUCUACACGUGUAACAACGAGAACGAGUGGUACCAGAUCCAUGAGAACAUCAUCCGCAAGUCCAGCACCAAAUACACCGCCCCCAGCACCAACUACGGUCUGAUCAUCUCCCUGCAGCUGCUGAGAGGCGACAUGGAGCAGGUUCGCAGAGAGAACCCGCUCAUUUUCAGCAGGGGGGUGGCCAUCACACGCAAGCUGGGCUUUCCAGAUGUCAUCAUGCCAGGUGACAUCCGUAAUGACCUGUACCUGACCCUGGAGCGAGGCGAUUUCGAGAGAGGAGGGAAGAGCGUUCAGAAGAACAUCGAAGUGACCGUCUACGUGCUUUAUGCCGAUGGAGAGAUCCUCAAGGAUUGCAUCAGUCUGGGUUCAGGGGAGCUUAACGUGCCCGAGCACCGCUCCUUCGUGCUUUACCACAACAACAGCCCUCGAUGGAGCGAAGUGAUUAAACUGCCCAUUCCCAUCGACCGUUUCCGAGGGUCCCACCUGCGCUUUGAGUUCAGACACUGCUCCACAAAGGACAAAGGAGAGAAGAAGCUGUUUGGUUUUGCUUUUACUCCUCUGAUGAGGGAGGAUGGAACCACUCUGUCAGACGAGAGCCAUGAACUCUACGUUUACAAGUGUGACGAGAACACGACCUUCAGUAACCACGCCCUGUACCUGGGCCUGCCCUGCUGCAAGGAAGACUUCAACAGCUGUCCCUCCAUCCCCUCCAGCCUCAUCUUCCAGCGCAGCACCAAGGAGACCUUCUGGAUCUCCACACAGCUCUCCUCCACCAAGCUCACUCAGAAUGUGGACCUCCUGGCCCUGCUGAAGUGGAAGGCCCAUCCAGACCGGGUCAUGGACAUUCUCGGCCGGCUGCGACACGUCAGCGGAGAGGAGAUAGUCAAGUUUCUCCAAGACAUUCUGGACACCUUAUUCUCCAUCUUGGAUGACAACACAGACAAAUAUGGACCCCUGGUGUUCCAGUCCUUGGUGUUCAUCAUAAACCUCCUCAGGGACAGUAAAUAUUACCACUUCAGGCCGGUGAUGGACACGUAUAUCCAGAAACACUUUGCUGGUGCAUUGGCCUACAAAGAGCUGAUUCGCUGUUUGAAGUGGUACAUGGACCGCUCUGCAGAGGUGGUCAGACAGGACCACAUACAGGAAGCCAUGAGGGCUCUGGAGUAUCUCUUUAAGUUUAUUGUCCAGUCUCGGAUCCUUUACUCUCGGGCCACUUGUGGCAUGGAGGAGGAGCAGUUUCGCACCAGCAUCCAGGAACUCUUCCAGUCGAUCCGCUUCGUCCUCAGCCUGGACAGCCGCAACUCAGAGACCCUCAUCUUCACACAGGCCGCUCUGCUCAACUCGUUCCCAGCCAUCUUUGAUGAGCUGCUGCAGAUGUUUACGGUGCAAGAAGUGGCAGAGUUUGUGCGCGGCACGCUGGGCAGCAUGCCGUCCACAGUGCACAUAGGACAGUCCAUGGAUGUGGUCAAACUGCAGUCCAUAGCCCGGACUGUGGACAGCAGGCUCUUCUCUUUCCCAGAGUCUCGAAGGAUCCUGCUCCCUGUGGUCCUGCAUCACAUCCAUCUCCACCUGAGGCAGCAGAAAGAGCUGCUCAUCUGCUCUGGAAUCCUCAGCUCGAUAUUCUCUAUUAUCAAGACCAGCUCACUGGACACGUCCGUGCAGGAGGAGGUGGAGAUGAUGGUGGAGUCUCUGUUGGACGUCCUCCUGCAGACCCUGCUGUCAAUCAUGAGCAAGAGCCAAUCGCAGGAGGCGGUAAGGGGUCAACGCUGUCCGCAGUGCACCGCGGAGAUCACUGGAGAGUACGUGUCCUGUCUGCUGUCCCUCCUCCGGCAGAUGACAGACAUCCACUUCCAACACCUGAUGGAAAACUUUCAGAGCAAGGAGGAGCUCAAGGAGUUCUUGUUGAAGAUUCUGUGUGUGUUCAGAAAUCUGAUGAAGCUCAGUAUUUUCCCCCGCGACUGGAACGUCAUGAGACUCCUCACCAGCAACAUCAUCCUGACCACAGCUCAGUACCUGUCUCCUGCUCUGCACAAGAACUUCACCGAGGCAGAAUUUGAUUUUAAAGUGUGGAACUCCUACUUCAGUCUGGCGGUGCUGUACAUCAACCAGCCCAGUUUACAGUUGGAGAACCUGAGUCCUGCGAAGAGGAAGAAGGUCUUAGACAAGUACGGUGACAUGAGAGUGAUGAUGACCUAUGAACUGUUCAGUAUGUGGCAGAACCUGGGUGAGAAUAAGAUCCAUUUCAUCCCCGGUAUGAUCGGCCCGUUCCUGGGAGUGACGCUGGUCCCUCAGGUGGAGGUACGAAACAUCAUGAUCCCCAUCUUCCAUGACAUGAUGGACUGGGAGCAGCGCAAGAACGGAAACUUCAAACAGGUGGAGGCUGAGCUGAUCGAUAAGCUGGACAGUUUGGUUUCUGAAGGGAAAGGUGACGAGAACUACAGGGAGCUCUUUGGUUUGCUAACCCAGCUGUUUGGGCCCUACCCCAGUCUGCUGGAGAAGAUCGAGCAGGAGACGUGGAGGGAGACGGGGAUUUCCUUCGUUACGUCAGUCACGCGGCUGAUGGAGCGGCUGCUGGACUACCGGGACUGUAUGAAGGGAGAUGAGACAGAGAACAAGAAGAUCGGCUGCACUGUCAACCUCCUGAACUUCUACAAGUCCGAGAUCAACAAGGAGGAGAUGUACAUCCGCUACAUCCACAAACUGUGUGACAUGCAUCUUCAGGCUGAGAACUACACAGAGGCUGCGUUCACUCUGCUGCUGUACUGGGAGCUGCUGCACUGGGACGAGCGGCCUCUGAAGGAGUUCCUGCACUAUCCUGCUCAGACUGAGUGGCAUCGCAAGGAGGGGCUCUGCCGCAAGGUCAUCCACUACUUCAACAAGGGCAAGUGUUGGGAGUAUGGUAUACCCCUUUGCAGGGAGUUGGCCUUCCAGUAUGAAUCUCUCUAUGACUACCAGAGCCUCAGCUGGAUACGGAAAAUGGAGGCAGCAUAUUAUGACAACAUUAUGGAGCAGCAGCGUCUGGAGCCAGAGUUCUUCAGGGUGGGAUUCUACGGCAGGAAGUUUCCCUUUUUCCUCAGAAACAAAGAGUUUGUCUGUCGUGGCCAUGACUACGAAAGGUUGGAGGCCUUCCAGCAAAGGAUGCUGGGAGAAUUCCCACAAGCCAUUGCGAUGCAGCACCCCAAUCAGCCAGACGAGGCCAUUCUGCAGUGUGAUGCACAGUACCUGCAGAUCUACGCAGUAACACCGGUACCAGACAGCGUCAGCGUGCUCCAGAUGGACAGAGUACCAGACCGCAUCAAGAGCUUCUACCGGGUCAACAACGUUCGCCGUUUCCGUUAUGACCGGCCCUUCCACAAAGGCCCCAAAGACCGAGAUAAUGAGUUCAAGAGUCUUUGGAUAGAGAGGACCACCCUGAUCCUCACUCACCCUCUGCCUGGGAUUUCACGCUGGUUUGAGGUGGAGAAGAGAGAGCUGGUGGAGGUGAGUCCGUUGGAAAACGCCAUCUCCGUGGUGGAGAAUAAGAACCAGGAGCUGCGGACUCUGAUCAGCCAGUACCAACACAAACAGCUGCACGGCAACAUCAACCUGCUCAGCAUGACCCUGAACGGAGUCAUCGACGCUGCUGUCAACGGAGGCAUCGCCAGAUACCAAGAGGCUUUCUUUGAUAAAGAGUACAUCACCAGCCACCCUGAGGACACAGAGAAGAUCACACAGCUCAAAGACCUGAUGCAGGAGCAGGUUCACAUCCUCGGAGUCGGCCUGGCAGUGCACGAGAAGCUGGUGCACCCAGAAAUGCGCCCCCUGCACAAAAAGCUGAUCGAUCAGUUCCAGAUGAUGAGGAGCAGCCUCUGUCACGGUCUGCCUGGUUUAGACAAAGCUGGAUCCGGAGCCAACACACCCAGAGGGAUCCUGGCCUCUCACAGCCCAAUGAGCCCCGAGAGCUUCAAACUCAUGCACCGGCACAGUCCCAUAGCUGUUUUGACUCCAGUGCGCAACUCCUCCUCCUCUCUCUCCUCUCACAACUCCAGUGAGAUGGGGAACGUCGGUAACCUGCUGAUCCUGGCUGACGGCAUGGUGGUGGAGCACCCCGAGGACUUCUACCGCAUGCAGGCAAGCCCCUCCUCCUCCAGUCUUAGCUCCACCCACUCAGCGCCCUCUCAGAUGAUAAACUCCGCCCCCUCAACCAUCAGAGUCGGCUCUCCGUCUCUGCCAGACAAAUACAGACACAACAGAGAGAUGCUGAUGCUGCUGCCGCCGCACAGAGAGAGGCCGAGCAGCGCCAUGUACACCAACAUCACCGAGAACGGACAGCCUGCGAACUUCCAGCGAGCGCUGUUCCAUCAGGUGAUUGGUCCGUGUAAACCCUGCAGUGACCCAAACCUCUCUGUGGCUGAGAAAGUCCUCACCACCCCCAGUAGUUGGAGUUUGGACAGUGGUACCAGAGAAGCCCUCCCCUUCCUCUCUGCCCACGUUGGCAGUGUCAUGGCGCCUCCUGUUCCCCCACGCAACCUGCCUCAUGGCCAACACCUGUCGAUGCACUUUGAUGCUUUCCACCACCAGGUCAGCGACCUCCCUCCAGCUCUCCCCGCGCGCUCCUUAAGAAAGUCUCCCCUGCACCCUAUACCUGCCUCGCCCACCAGUCCUCAGUCCAUCCUGGAUGGCAGUAACUCCACCUUGUCAGGCAGCGCCAGCUCUGGAGUCUCCUCCCUCAGUGAGAGCAACUUCGGGGGCCCAGCCUCCUCCUCCGACCCCCCGGCCAGCCGUACAGACACCCUGGAGUCCGUCCCCAGCAGCCAGGCCUGGACCACCGACCAAGAAGACCUCGACUCGCCUUACCAGCCCGUCAGGUACAGUGUCUCUGAGCCUGAAGUCCUGGACGGAGCGAAACCCCCACCCUGCCGCAGCUACUCCGCACCGGGAGGCGUCACCCCGGCUCAGGCCGGGGGCCAAAUCCAGCCCCAGGCACCAGGUUCAACCCCCACCGGAGCUCCACAACCACAACCACAACCACAGCAGCAGGACGGGCUGCCGCACCCCCAGCACCACUACUACCACCACCACUUCCACCCACACUACAUCCCCCACCACCCGCCUCUUUACCAGCUCCACGAGCCUCCCCCCGCCCUGCCCCCCAAACCCUACCUCAGAGAGGGGUGUAUCCCUGAAGAGGACCCCCUUAACACCCAGUCUGCACCUCCACCGCCUCCUGCACCCCGGCCCAUGCCACGCAAGAUCUCCCAGCCCAUAAUCGCAGCAACCAAGGAUGAGCAAGCUAAAGUGGCGUGGGAGCACGGCAUCAGUGAGGAGUAGGACGGCGACUGAUGACCUGUAGAAACGAGCAGAAUAUGAACUCUUUUCAGAGGAGAGAAAGAAAGAGACAGAAGUGAGAGCAAGAGCCAAACUAAAACUAAAACAUGAAGUGAUGUUGAAUCAAACAGUCAGACCCCCCCACCCCCCACCCACUGUCCUGCUCCAAUAACCAGACUCAACAUAAAGGCUGUGAAGUUAAAGGUUAAAAUGAUGUGCAGGGUCAGUCUCUCCAUUAAACCAUGAUGCCAUCAAUACAUAUUUCUAAAUUCUGUCACAGAUCUCAUGUUAGUUAUUGAUUUUAUUUCCACUCCAACAUUAAUCAAACAUUCAUUCAGAAAGGAAAAAGAUCUGUAACAGAAAAAUAUGAUCACUGUCGCUCUGAUGAGCCGCACUUUAAUAAAACAGAGCACCACAACACAGAAUUAAGAAUUCUAGUCUCCAUUUCUAUUUAUAGAAAUGCAGAGAGAUGUUACUGAGGUUUGUGCUGAGGGAUUAUUUAGAUGAAGAUAAAGUGGUCCUCUGACUGAAAAUAAAAGACCAAAACAUAAAGUAUUACAUGCUUCAUAUUUUCACCUGAGCCCUGAACAACAAGCCAAAUAACACAGAGAGGUCAUAAAUGCAUCUGCUUCCUCAUUAAAUCUUCACGUUACUCCUGAACAAACAGAGCACGGCUGGAAGUGUUUCUUUAUGCAAACAGAGCGACAGAGUGCCGACUGAAAGAAGCCAUUUUCAUCAGACACAAUAUAUUAACAAUGAAUGAGAGUCUUGAUGGAGCCGAAAAGUAUUUAUAUUUUCCAACGAAAGAAUCAAAGUGUGUAGAUAAAUGUAAUACAGUAUAUAGAAGUAUAUAAAUAUAAUUUAUAUUUAAUCCUUAUACUUUUGAUGGAAGGUGAAACCUAUGUAGAAAUAUGCAAGUUCAAUGGCUUCCUGAGCCAGUAGUAGCUGCUCGAUGAUACAUGACGUGCACUUGUUUAAAACGUGACGAUGCCUCACACACAAACAUCCGCAGGUUUUAAUGUUACAUCCAGCAAAGUGAAGGGCACAGAAAUGAGCUGAUUGAAGGCAGCGAUGAUGGAAACGACUUGUUAACCUGUGUUUUGUUUUGUUUUUUUUAGCUGAGGUUGUGUCCAAGGGAAGAAGCUGUAAAUGUGUGCACGGCAUCAGAGAGCUGACAUUUAUAGGGAACAUUAAGAAGAUGAACAGACACUUUUUGCCAUUUUUUAUGAAAGUAAUGAACUGUAAUGACUGUACAUUUUUUAAUCAGGGUACUGUUUUGUAUGCAUGUUCAUUCAAUGAAAGUUCCAACUUAAUCAGAGACUGUGAGCAAUGCACAAAGGUGAAUUACAGGAAGCACUGGAGGAAUGCUGUGCACUGAUGUCUUUAUAGUUUAGGAAACACAAACACUUCAGUCACCAAGGAUGUUAAAUCUGCCAGAUUUCAUCUGUGUGAUACGAGUGUAAAGUACUGUGAAGGAUAAUACUUUGUUUUUUGUUUUAAAAAUGUUGAACUUGUUACCACCAGCUCAGACUGUAAUCGUCCUGUAACCCACCUAACCACACGUCUCCUUUUUGUUUGAAAUGAAAAAAAAAAGAAACUGAACUGUGAACAGCUGUUAGCUCAUCUGCUUUAACUUUGUAGCCACCGCUCCUUGUUUCUGUCACAACCAUUUGCAAAUGCUUGUUGUGUUUCACCUGAUGCUGGAUCAUAUUCUCACUAUAGCCAGACAAGAUAUUUUACAUGAUGAACUGAAACCUUUGUCAUAUGUACAUGUACAUGACUGUAACAAAGUACCUGUUAAAGGUACAGGAAACUCAGAAUCCUGGAUUUGUAACGUAAUGCAUUGUUAAAGGAGAAGGCUGGUGAUAUUCUGUUGGCGCUCACACUGUCCUGCUGCCGUAAAUACUCAAACACUCUGUUUCCUCCUGUUUGAGUAAUGUUUGCUAAAGAUACAGUGGCAAGCUGGUUUUGGAAAUUGAGCAGUUUAAAGAUGAAAUAAUAGGAACCAAUGGGAUUAGAGCUGCAAGCCACAGACAGAGAACACCAGCUUUAUCCUGCACGUGUCAGUGGCUUUUCCAUCAGCAUUAAUAACAGUGAAGAGUGAAGAGUACUCUACUUAUUUAGUGUCGAUAGAUUCAGGUGUCUCAUGCUACCGUAGCGGUAGCUAAUGUUACCAGUGUAAAACUGGACUUUAAUUUUUCUCAAGUUUGUUUUUGUCCGUUUGGUUUUUACUUGAAUAUUAUUUUCAUCUCCUGGUUCCAUUGUUGGUUUUAAACAGAGCACUGCUCCUCGCUGUGUGUGUGUCAGCUCUGAUGUGUGACAGGAUGUGUCACUGUUGGAAAAGCCCAGAUGAUUAAUGACAUUAAUGGCGGCUGAGUUCCAUUCAUGUGUGUCAGUCCCGGGGUCCUACAUGUCUGCAUGCUGCCUCUCUGACCUGACUCAUUCAAUUGAAAGCAGCCAUCAUUAUCAUGUCAUUAGCCUCAGGUUUUUCCUGCUCUGACAAAAAGCUGCUUUGCUUUCUUGCAGGUUUAGAGCAGGAUGCUGUGACUCAGCAGCAGGUGAGUGUUUCCAAACUGACCAUUAGAAUGAUUUCUUUUUGUCCGUCCCUCUGGACACAGUGAUACAGUUUGGAUAUUUUCAGGGUUGUUGAGGUGGAUUGAUUUGGUGUAGGAGACAGAUGUUUGGUGGGGUUCAGUUUGGGACUAAAGGAACCAUGUAUUGCCAGAAUGAUCUCUCUACAGUUCUGUGUUUGUUGUUGUAAUACUCAUUCCAGCCACAGUACUUUGAGUACUUCAUGUUUUGGAAGAACAGACUGCAGUACUAGUACUCACUGGUUUCCAGCUGUGGUGUCAUGCACUGACAGCCAUUUAAAAAUCACUUUGUGGAAGCUUCCUCUUGUUUCUAACAGUGAAAUCCGACCAAUCAGAUGCUAGAAAUUACAGACAGGUUUGAUUCAGAAUGUUAAUACUAAUGGAUGGGUUUGAAGUAGUUGUAGUUGUGUGGGGAAUCAGGACAGUUUGGUUCAUUUUGACCUUGUUUGACUUGAGAGAGAGAGCGGAGGACUUGUUUGGUGUGAUAUUAUGUUCCAGGCCAAUGGUCAGACAGAGUUAAAUAUAUUAAAUACACAGGCCUAAGUCCUCAUGUCUUCAGAAAACAAACAUUACAAUUAAGAUUAUGUUGAGAGAAUCAGAGCUCGUCAGUUGAGGAUAAACUAUGCAAACGUCCCUCACGAUCAGAUGCUUUUAACAUGAUGUCCAGUUUGAAUUCUUCAGCUGUUUGUUAAAGUUUUACUGAGGUGUUUGUGUGUGAGAGCAGGGACAUUUGCUAAAGGUUGGAACUUUAAAAAAAGUGACAAAAGCAAAGAGUCGAGACGCUUGACGUUGUAUCCAGUCUGUGAAACAGUCUGAAAAGAUUUUUGUGUCUUAGCGAUGCACAGGUUAGACUGGCAGUGAGCAUGAUGUGACACUGAAACCACUGAACACCAUUCGCUUUUUUAAAUUGAGUUUUUUUGCUUUGUGUAAACGCUGCAGCUGAAAGGAGGAAUGUGAAGGGAGAGUCGAUGCUCAGUGCACAGAGGAGACGCGAUGAUUUCUGUGUACAUAAACAAGGAGAGUGUAUUUAUACUGAUCAUAAAGGGCAAACCUUGUACACAUGUAGACUGUGAUUGUCUUGCCUUGUACUUUCUGAUGUAAAACCGUUUUUAAACCUAGACAACAGCAAACAAUACGAGUUCCUUUUGUCUAAUUAUUCAGAUUAUUUCAGGGCAGCUGAGGGAGGUUUAUUAUUAUUUUGUGUAUUUUGCAUCAACGACAAAUCCAGACAGUGAGUUACUAUGAUGGUAUUCCUUUGUACAAUGAUGCUAAUAAGUAUUUCUUGUAUAUAAAAGUCUUUAUUGUGUUAGCAUGGGUAUAAACUGUGACGUGUAUGACAGUAGAUGUAAAUACUCACGUUUUUUUUCCUACUCACUAAACAAACUGCUGUGUUGUGGAUUCAUGAUUAAUGACAAACAUUAAACAAUAAUGUUUUAUUGACACA